AUGCCACCGAAACCGUCAGCCAAAGGGGCAAAGAAGGCCGCGAAGAGUCAGAAAGCCAGUCGUAGUAGCGAUAAGAAGAAGAAGCAUCGACGAAAGGAGAGCUAUUCAGUCUACAUCUACCGUGUCCUGAAGCAAGUCCAUCCCGACACAGGCGUCUCCUCCAAAGCUAUGUCCAUUAUGAACUCGUUCGUUAAUGACGUAUUUGAGCGUAUUGCCGCUGAAGCGUCCCGUCUUGCUCAGUACAAUAAGCGAUCCACGAUUUCGUCCCGAGAGAUCCAGACGGCCGUUCGCCUCAUUUUACCAGGAGAGCUCGCCAAACAUGCGGUAUCCGAAGGCACAAAGGCUGUGACCAAGUACACGUCAAGCAAGUGA